GACAAUUCAAUAAUUAAUUUGAAAAUAAGUCCCCUUUUUGUUGAAAUUGUACUGUCCUUGUUAACAGGUUCCAUUCAAAUCAUAAUGUAUGACAUUGAUUUUGCAAUAUAUAAGAACAAUAUAUCUAUCGAUCUAUUGUGUGGAUAAUAUUCUUCUAAGUAAGAAACACAACACAAACACAACCAUGGCAACCUACGACAGAGCAAAAGCAGUGAAAGAAUUUGAUGAAUCCAAAAUGGGAGUAAAGGGUCUCUCUGAUUCAGGUAUCAAAACAAUUCCACAAAUUUUCAUUCACCCACCACAAACUCUUUCAAACAUAAAAUCUUCCUCCAAAAAAACAACUUCAAUCCCAAUCAUCGACCUCUCCAACGUAAAUUCUCCAAAUCAUAGGCCAAACAUCAUUAAACAAAUCAAAGAAGCAUCCAAAACAUGGGGAUUCUUCCAAAUCAUAAACCACAAUGUACACGUGUCCGUUCUUGACAACACUAUAAACUCUAUUGAAUCUUUUCAUAACCAACCAUAUGAAAUAAAAUCCAAAUAUUACAAACGUGAAGAAGGACAAGGAGUUAUGUAUGCAAGCAACAAUGACUUGUAUAGAACAAACGCGGCUAGUUGGCACGAUUCGUUGCAAGCCUGGAUGGGGCCAAAGGCACCAGAAGCCGAGGAGUUGCCGGAGAUUUGUAGGAAGGAGAUUCUUGAAUGGGAUUUGCAUGGAAGUAAAGUUGCUGAAGUGGUUUUUGAGUUGCUUUCUGAAGGGUUGGGAUUGGAAAGUGGGAAGUUAAAUGAAUUGAGCUUUUGUGAGAGUAGAGCGAUUGUAGGACAUUGUUAUCCUUAUUGUCCUCAACCGGAUUUGACUGUCGGUAUAACACCGCAUACGGAUCCCAGUGCGAUUACUUUGUUGUUGCAGAAUCAAGUUCAGGGAUUGCAGGUGGAGCACGACGGUGAGUGGGUCGAUGUUAACCCCGUGCACGGUGGUAUCAUCGUUAAUAUGGGAGACUUUCUUCAGAUAAUAUCUAAUGGAGAGUACACUAGUGUACAACACAGGGUGUUGGCUAAUUCACAUAAAAAAUCAAGAAUCUCAGUAGUGAUGUUCUUGAACUUGAGUAAAUGGAAAGGAGAAGGUUACCAUGGGCCUCUUCCAGAGCUUCUAUCCCCGGAGAAACCGCCUAUUUAUCGAGAUUUCACUCGGCAGGAAUUUUUUGACAACUUUUAUAGCAAGGGAAUUGACACCAAGUCUUUCGUAGACAAGGUUAAAAUUCAAAACUGAAAUGCAACUACAUAUAAAAGGACAACGGCUGAAAGUAUUUUUAUUAGUUCGGUGGUUAAAACUUCUAAGGUGAAUAAGUGGAGUGUUCGGCGUUCAAACAUCACGAUAUCCCUAUAUAGGCCGAGUGUUUACUUUUUCUAUUGAUUGCAUAAAUAUUUAUUGUGUCAUGAAUGUAUUGUUGUAUGAAUGUAUUGUACUAAUUUUUUUUUGGUCAAAAAUGUAUUGUAGUACUAAUUAAAUGCGAUAAAAUGUAUUGUGCCAUGAUUUUUUA